CGUUGUUGAAGCUUCGAUGCGCUGCGCUGCUCAUGCGUGUGUGUCUCUCCAGUCCGAUCCAUCCAUCCGUAUGUCUCUGUUGCUCUCGCUCGCUAUCAUACCUCUCCGAACAGACAGGCAGCCAGGCCACUUGCACCCAGACACACACUCACACACGGGGCAGAGAGAUAGCAUGAGACGAAGUAGCCAGCCAGCCAGCCAACCGGACGUCGUGUAGGAGGGUGCUGCGUCGUGUGCGUCAAGGGCUGAUGCCGUCGGUCAGCCAGGCAUAGCAUACUGUCAUCUCAGCUUAUCUGAUCUGCCUUCUACCUUGCCGUCACACAUCCAUCCAUCCAUCCAUCCACUCUUCCAGACAGACAGACAGACAGUCAGCCAGGCGGCCCGUCAGGUGGGCAAAGAAAAAAUCCCAACACACACACCAGCCAGCCAGCCAUCCGGUGCAUUGAAAGUCGCCCUCUUAUCUGUCUGGAUCUCCCCCUCUAUCUCUCUCUCCCUGUCCCUCCCUGCCGCCUCUCUCUGUUCUCAGUCACGCUAACGAGAAGAUACAAUAUGCAAUCAAUCCUCCAGUCAGUCAGUCAGUCAGUCUGCCUAUCAGUCAUAUCAGCCCCCCCGCCCCUCGCCCUUAAUUCGGUGGGUGUGGUGGGUGGAUCAAUCAAACUACACUGUCGAUCGUUGCAAUGCAUGCACUGGAAUGAAAUGUGUGUGUGUGUGUGGAUGGCUAGACGAAGAGCGAUAGUGCGCGUGCUGCUGCGGCCUGGCAGAUGGGGCAGAGACGAUCUUCCGCCUGAGUCCGGCUCAUGAUGUUGUUGGAGCACUGCUGGCACACGCACAGGUGUCUCUGAGACACACACCACCACACACAUAACCUCUCUCUCAGAGCGCUUGUGUGUCUGGCCUGUUCUUUUCUCACACAUGGAAGGAAAGCGACGCACUUGUCCCGCUCGAAGCAGACGCAGCACUGCUGCUUCUCAUCGUGCUUGUCUUUGGCCUCCUUCAGCUGCGCAUCGGCCUCCUUCUUGAUCUGGUCAUUCUCCGCCUGCAUUGUGUCCUGGACCGUCCUCAGGUGCUCCUGGAAGUGCCGCUCCCGCUCCUUGGUCUGGAGGUCCGUCUGCUUCACCAUCUCCUGCAUCUGCUGCUCCAUCAUCUGGGCCUUGCAGUUGGCGGCGGCGGCCUUCUGGUUGGCAAAGGCGACGCGGAAGUCCGUGGCGCGGUCUUUGAGCUUCUCCAUGUGCUUCGCGACGUGCCUGCUGGCUUGCGUCAGCUGUUCCAAUCGAGCCUCGUCGUGGAGGGACUGGAUCUCCUGCUGCACGGCGUCAGUCAUCUGGCCCUCACUGCUAUGACUGCACACACACAGAGACAGGAAGAGAGAGAGACGUGACGCCCAUGACACCCCCCACCCACCCCCCAUGUGUCUCUGUCCUCUUUCGACUCACCCGAACUGCAAACUCAUUGCGGCAACGUACUCCCGCUGAAGCUGCGCCAACAUGUCCCCUCCACCCACACCCACACCCACACCCACACCCCAGCCGCCAGCCACUCCCUGCCCCAUCUGCACCUGCUGCUGCUGCUGCUGCAUCGGCUGCUGCAUCAUGUCUAAGGACGACCCGCUGUGCGAGAAGUGUCCACUCUGGAAGGGCGUGCCCGGGGAUGCCGACGGAGACGCACCAGCGGGCGGUAGGGGGCCGGAUGGGAUCAUGCCUGGGGGUCCAGCGCCAGGGGGCACCAUGCCCGGGGGCGCGGUAUGCAUGAAGGAGGGAGAGGGGCCGGGCUGCUGGUACGGAGCUGCUGCCACGUUCUGAGAAAACCUGCAUACACACAGAGAGAGACCAGAGAUGCAGCGUGGCGUCGCGUGGCGUGGGUGUCCAUCCAACCAUCCAUCCCAGUGUGUGUGUGUGUGUGUGUGUUGCUGGUGCCUUACUGCUGGUUCGCGAACGGCGGCUGCAUCUCAGGGGAGGGCUGGGGAUGGCCGUACUGCUGCUGCUGCUGCUGGCGUGGGGCCUGCUGCUGAUGGCGCACGGGGCACACAAUGUGCUCUCGAAGAUGCUCCUGCUGUGCGUGCAGCUCAGCUGCAUGGCCAAUCCCAAUCCCCAUGUCCAUCCCGCCAUAGCCCGGCUUGCCCACAGCCAUGCCGCCCGUGUGCAUGAUGCCCCCAGGGAUGAAGGGCUUUGUGUCGUGUGUGAGGUGGUGCGGGCCGGGUGAGCCGCCGAGCGAUGAGGUGGAGGGGAGGGAGCCAUCGGCGUGGUACAUGUUGGGCUGGAGCAUGAGAAGGUUGUGGAGGUUGCUGGAGGCGAGACUCGGCGACGAGGCGGACGGCUGGUCGCCGGAGCACGAACCGUUACCCCUACACGGCACGACACACAAAGAGAGAUAAAGUGCGUGGUGCUUUCGUGUGUCUGUCCUUCUUUGUGUGUGGUGUGUGUGCAAGGCUUACACGUCCUCCUGCUGAGUCGGUUCCUGAGCCUCUCCCUCUUCCUCGUCAAACAUGUUACCUUGAAACUCAGGGACCUCCUCACCCUCACCCUCACCCUCCUCACCACCGACGCCCUCGCCAUAUUCGCCACCAUACCCCUGCUGGUCGUCUACCUGGUCGUGGUCAUCGAAGGCCACACGCAGAGGCUGCUCGCCAUCGCUAUGCUGCCAGGGGGAAUGGGCCAUCUCAGGCACCGCCGCCGCGGCCGCAGCAGCGGGGGGGAAUGUGGGUGCGCGGGAUGGGUGGGCGUACUCGCCGCUAUUGCCGUGGUUGUCGUCACCAAAGUUGCCCCACCCAUCACCCUCACCCUCACCCACCGCCACGCCCACACCCAAACCUUGCUGCUGCUGCUGCUCCUCGUGCACCGUGUCGCCCUGCUGCACCUCCUCGGUGUCGUCGAGGUUGCUGCUGGUGGAGGGCCCAGGGUGGACCAGGUCGUCCCGCUCGUGGUCUUGGUCUUGCUCCUGGUCGUCCUCCUGCUGCUCGUUCUCGUGGUCGUCAUCCUGCUCCUGCUCAUGGUCUUGGUCGUCGGCGUCGGGAGUGUUGGCGGCAUCUGGGUGCUUGGGCCCCUUGUUCUUGGCCCCGCCCCGCUUGCCGAACUUCUUCUUGCCUUUGCGCUUCUUCUCGCCCCCACCCCCUGGCUGCUGCGGCUGGUUGGGCUGGUUCUUGGCUUUGGGGUUGUUGACCCCACCGCCACUACCGGCAGCAGCUGCAGCAGCAGCCCCCUCCAGAGCGAGGAGCUCCGCUUCGGCCCGCUUGGCCCUGGCCUCGUCCUUCGCUCGUUUCUGCAACUCCUUCUCGACCUCCUCGGGCGACUUCUGCUUGUCCUUCUCUGGUCCCGCCUCGCGACGCUCCUUGUCGCGCUGCUCGUAUCUGCGCUGCAGGCGGGCCACGGUCUCGCCACGGGGGGCGGCCUUGGGCUGCUGCUGACACACACCAACACACAAAGACACAAACACAACACACAAGAUGGCAGACGUCAAUGCCAUGUGGCUGGGGAGUGGGCGUGGCGUACCUCGGCGAAGGCAUGGAGGACGUCCUUGUCUUGGACGGCCCCGCUGCGCAGCUGCUGCAUCAAGGCGCCAGAGGGGUCCCUGACACACAAAACAGCACACACAGAGAGAGACACGAUAGGUGGAUGAGGUCCUCCCUCCCUCUCUCCCUCCCUCCCUCAGGCUCGCCCCAACGUGGCUCACUUGUCAUCGGGUGCGGGUUGCUUGCCGGCCUUGCCGCCGCCACCGGUGAGCGGCAGUCGGCUGGCCCGGCGCAGUUGGUCGGUGGGGUCUAGCUUGAGAUAGCGGUCGUACUGCUCCAUCAGCUGCGUGAAAUCCAUGGCCCCAUCCAGCCACGGAAACGCCCAACGAAUCGUGCUAACUGCAGUGCACACACCAUCAUUCAUCCAUCCAUCCAUCGACACAGAGAGAGGGAAUAUGUCUGUGUCCGGCUCUGUGGAUGUCUCUCUCUCUCCCUCUCUCUGUGGGGGAGCGAGGGAGUGCUCUCACUCACAUACCGUCCACAUUGUCCGCCACAGGAGUGCAUCGCCGCAGCUCGUCCAGCAGGAAGACGGACCCCUUGCAGCUGUUGGUGAAGCCGUUGAGGGUCACGUACCGCCCGAAGAUGGCCAGUGGCGCCACGUCGUUGUUGAGCUUCUCACUCGAGGCCGGCUCCUGCUGCCGCCCUUUGUCCAGCAUGUUGAAGCUUUCCUCGACCUGUCUGUAUAGCAACGGCGUCACUGUAGUGGGCUCCAUACGACUCUGCACACACAGAGAGAGGGAGAAUGGCGGCAUGUGGGUGGGGGGAGGGUGCGUGUCCGUGUUGGGAGUUUACGAGUGCGAGGAAUGACACGACUUCGUAGUAGAGGUUGUCCGUGAGGCGUCGGUACUCUGCGGCGUUGGCCUCGUUGUUGAAGGAGCCCAGCGUCAUGCACUCGUACAAUGUGAUCGCCUGCACACCAUCACCACCACACACCACCACACACAAACAGAGAAAUGAGGAUCCACAUGCACACACACGCAUCCCUCUCCCUCUCUGACUCUCUCUCUCUCUCUGUCUCCCUCUUCCUCGGCGUGUGUGUACCUACCUGUUCGAUGGUGGUUGAGUAGCGUCGCGGCGCCAUGGUGUGGUUGGGCGUCAUGUCAGGUAUCAUGAGCAUGCGGCUGAGCAUGGGCAUGGAGAACAUGACGUCCGGCCGGGCCUCCGCAAUGCGCUCGUUGAUGGUGUAGCCGCGCGUGUACGGCUUGCGCAACGGGGUGAACAUCUUCAUAUACCUGACACACACAGAUGGACACACAGAGAGAGGAAGAGAGAUGGACGCGCGGUGUCUGUGUCUGUGUGUGACGGGAGUGGGUGCCUACGCUAGCAUGAUCUCCGGCUGCGAUGCGUUCUCCAACAAGUCGGCAAACUGAGCCACUGAACACACAAAACACCGAGCACACAAACCGCACGCAACACAUUGAUGAUACCGCACAUGGCUCCCAUCUACCCCCCUCUCUCUCUCAGUGUCGACUUACGUGAGGCGUCGAUGCCAUAGAUGGUGCGGAUGGUGAGGAGGCUGCCCAUGAGGCCCACCCGCCCAGUGGGCCACUGGGUGCACCCUGAGUCGUAGCCCAUGUGCUCGUUGACCGCGUCGGCGAUCCCCUGGGCCUCGUCGCUCGACAGCGGGCUGUUGUCGUGACCAAACUCAUCCUAUAACCAACACACAACACACACACACAUGGAUGGAUGGAUGGAUGUCUCCCUCCCUCCCCCUCCCCCCUCUCGCCCACCCACCAGUGUCUCGAGGAUAGCGACGAGGAAGUGCCAGGCGAUGUGCGGCUCCCCCUCGGUGGCGAGUUCCUCCAUCUUCAUGCCGAGGAAGAGGCAGUCGUUAUACAAGGCGCCCAUGACCUUGCGGUAGCAGCUCGUGUACGGCUCGGUGCCGGGGGCGUCGUGCAUGCGACAGAGGUCCCCACACAGCUGGUCGAAGGCACGCUGGUACGCCGACAUGCGGUCGCUGUCGGGCGGACGAGUGGGGGUGAUGUGCUUGGGCACCGGCGACGCCAGAGGGGGCAGCUCCUUGCCUUCAAACAACGCCAUGCGACUGCAUACACCACACCCACACACAUAACACCACACACGACACAGAGGAGAAACGGUGUCUUUGGGUGGUGGGUGUGAGGGAGAGGGCUGUGUGUGUGAGUGUGUUGGUUACGCCUGGACGGAUGCGCGCAGUUCCUCUGUGGCUGAGAGUGUCUCGGUGUCCUUCAUCUCCUUCUUGAAGGUGGGGAACUGGGUGGUGGGGUGGUUCACGUCGUCUAUCAAGAUCUUGACUAUGUCAUCUGCACACACACACGCCACAACGCACACACAACACACACACAAAGAGAUGAUGCCCACCACACACACACACACCUCCCCCUCUCCCACUUACCCGGCCAGCACCACCCCGUGACCCUCUGGAGCAUGAGCUGCGUGUUCUUCACGUCGUAGUAGCCCCGCACCACCUCACGGAAGUUGGCGAAGAUGUCAUGCCGGAACAGCAUGGGGAAGAACCCCGUGUGGUCGAGGGGCCCCUUGGAUGGCGUCCCGCGGCCGUAGGGCAGGGGGGAUGGCUUGGGAUUCUCCUUGGCGAUGGGUACCAGCCGCUCCACCAGGGCCUUGGUGCGGUCCAUCGCACACUGCCACGGCUCGUACAGACGCUCCUCCUUGCUAGGACGAUUCGCAGCACCACCCUGCACACACCACACACCACACCACCACACACAACACAACACACCACCACACACAUCUCUUCCCACGUGUGCAGACGUCUCCCUCUCUCCCCCUCCCCACCCGCACUCACCGCUAGCACAAAGCAGGCGGCCCGUAGGUCUAGCUGCGCCUGGACGGAGUCCUCCGUGCCCAGGUUGAGUUUGUGCUCUAUCUUGCUGAGCAGCUCGUCCACCUUGGGCAGCACCUCCUGCUCCAGCUGCUCGAACCCCGCCUGGUUGUUGCCCUCCAUCAUCAUGUUACGCGGCUGGUGGAACGCCCCCUUGCGAGGGUAGUUGCGGCGGGGCGCUGGCGUCUGGCUGCGCGGGCUGUCGGGUGACGAGUUCUCGUCGGGCGAGGGGGCGCGGGAACGCUUCUCGGCAGGCUGGACGGCUGAGGGGGUCACCUCGGCUGCCGCUGCCGCCAGCGCACCUGUAGCGGAAGACGAUUCCUGUUGCUGGUGAGGGUUCUGGGGGUGCUGGUGAUCUUCGUGGGCGGCAGCGUUGUUGGAUGCACCCUCCUCAGUCUGCUGGGCGGAGGGGUUUGUGUGCCCGACAGCCCUACAAGGACAAUACAGGAGACACCACACAGAUCUCGUUGAAAUGCGUCCAUGGAAUCCGUUUUCCUUUCAUGAAAUGCUCAUCUGUGCCCUCCCGCCCUCCCCUGUGUGCCCUUUCUCACCGUCUGUUUGGUAUGGGCUGCGGUGCAGCCCUCGAGUCGGGGUUUGUGUCCUUCAUGGCCUUCUCCGACGCGAGUGAACCGUCAGAAUCGUGAUGGGACUGUUGAAAUCGCGAUGGGUCAUCCGAGUGCUCGUCCCUCUCCCCUCCGCACAGCAACUCCAGCAGGUCUCCCCCUGCGUACACACAUGUCAGAGUCAGACGGACACUCCAUGACGGCUUCGCCGGGGGCCGGGCGCUUACCAUCUUGUGGCGCUCGAGCCGCCUUUCUCUCACAGCAAUUGCCCAUUCUCGUGUGCGUGCUGGGUGGGGGCUGGGGGGCGAGCUUUGGGUGUUGGACGCUCAGGAAGAAACAGGGAAACGAGGGAGUCCGCCCGUCAGGGAAUGACCGGGCAGCCAGAUAGUCGCCCACCAUGACACCGGCAUGGCAAAAGGAUGCCAUUUGGCUGACGAUCGCCACCAGCACCAUGCGAUGCUGCACACUAUCCUCCGCCCACCGCCCCUCCGCCGCCAUGAACCUGCGCGCACACAGAAGGCAGCAGACACACCAUAUGGCCAGAUUCAUCCGUUGCACUGAGAUCUCCCACUCUCUGGCAGCCACCCGCCCUUGAGGAGUGCGUACAGGUCAGAUACACCCACCUUCUUGCUGCUAUGGCCGCCGACACGAGGCCCAGAAAACUCCGCCACCACUGAAUGGAGCCAUCGCUCCGCGCCCUCCCUUCCUCCCUCGACUCUUGUGGCCCGGCCGCAGCAGUACGGAGGAAAACGAGAAGAGCGGGAAGAUUUGAAAAAGCGAGCUCAGAAAGAGAGAUCCCGGAAAAGGUAAGACGAUACCGGCGUUCGCGAAGCGCCGCGGCGCCGUGGCGCGCCGCGAGGCGCCAUGACACAGAGCAGCUCAGCACUUGGAAGCGCCAGAGCGCCAAAAGAGAGAGAGUCCAACGGCAGCAUCGGCGUCACGGCAACGUUCCAGCCAUUCACCAGUCUGGAGCGGAGCGCUGCUGCGAGUUGCAAACGGUGGUUCUAUCAGCCAACAACCUGUUUGGUCGGCCUGCAACACCCAUUCGUUGCUUGGCAGCUCGGCCAACAACCCUUCGGUUGGCCGCAUCACCCAUCUGUUGCUUCCCAGCUGGGCGGCCAGCGGCCCAUUCGGUGGCUAUUUUGUUCGGUGGAUGCAACACCGAUUCGUCGCUUCGCAGCCCGGCCACUGCCGCGCAGCGUCCACUCAGGUUCUUCUCAUGGUUUGUGCUUCUGGUGAGGUGAUUCUGCUGCGAUUUGGCAUGGACCAUGCAGGCACUUACAUUCCUCUGCUGGCCAUAGUUCGGUGGACACUGUGACAAACACACGGUAGAAAGACACAUGCACUCUGUCUUCCAUCAGCCGUCCCAAAUGCAUCUCCUCUCAUUCUUUCAGCCAUGUGUCAGGCAGGCCGCAUGAAUCUGGAUGGCUUACCGAGACAGGGGGCCAGCUUCCAGGGUAAGACACGGCGUGAUUGACUGCAGGAUAUGCUGAGGAGCUUUCUCUCUACUUGCCUGGAGUCUGCCGGACGUCUGGGAUAGUUCUGCGGGCAGACACGGAGAGAGACACACAAAGCAAACAGAGAGACACAGGCAUUGUGUUUUCCCUCAGCUGUCUCAACGGCAUCUUUUUAUUCUUUCAGCCUCGAAUGUGAAUGCCUUACCGACCAAGAGAAGCCAAGAAGCCAGCGUCUGUCAGUACACAGUGGGCUUUCGGGGUUGAAGUGAUUGACACCAGUGGGGGAGAUGCUGAGAAGGCAAUGCAGAGGGAAUUCAGCGGCAGCUCGCGGCACUCGAGACGCUGAACAACAACAGGAAGACGGCUCCUGCCGGAGUCCCCUUGCACCCCUGGGAGACCAUGGGAUGGCACUCCGUUCUGACCCUGAUCUUGAUCAACCCUUAGCUACCCUUAGCUCGACACCCCUUACACGCAGAGACACGACAAUAAGUGCACAUCGCUUCCACAGCAAGACGAAGAUAAACUUCAUUUGUACCAACAGAUAGAGCCGCGUAUAAGCCUCAAGAGAAUGCUCUCUAGACAAGGGCCAGCAACUUUGUCGUUUUGUAGUGGCCAGCACAGUGCACCAUCGCCAAGUAGUGGGGGACGCUGAGCCACCCCCAUUGCCUAGCGAUAGUACUGUCAGUGAGGCUCGGCGCCUCAUGACGCCUAGCGGGGCGUCGGCGUUG